UCAUCAGUGCUAUUCGGCACUAGUGAAAGCCAUUAAUUCUAAAUUCAUUCAUUCAUUCAUAAUUUCUAUUACAUGUCAAAACUUGAUAACAUGUCAACAAAAGCAGUUGUUUUCACAGACUACGUUACUAGUGUUAUGGAUUUCACUCCUUAAAUAAAAUUAGUAGUUGAAAAUGUCACAACCACAGAGAAGAGCAGUACUGAACCUUUACAAAACGCUUUUGCAUUUAGGAAGAGAAUGGCCGCAGGGUUAUGACCUUUUCAAAAAACGUUUACACAAAGUUUUUGUUAGGAAUAGUGAAGAAACUGAUCCAAAUAAGAUUGACUUGAUGAUAAAACACGGCCAAUUCGUCGUUAAAGAAAUUGAAGCUCUUUAUAAGUUAAAAAAGUACAGAGCUAUGAAACGCAGAUACUAUGAUGACAGUUAGUACAUAUUAUGUAAGCAGGUUUUGAUACGGGUAUUUGUAUACUUCUUCUCUUACCGAUAAAGAUGAAAACACGCAAAAAAAGUAAAAGUUCUUUAUGAUAUAGUACCUGUUUCACCAGUUUCUAAUAAAAUUGUCUACCAGAUAAAAAUAAUCAAAACAUUAAAGUUAAUGACAUUUCUUACUAUAUUACCAUAAACUUAUAUUUUAUCAGAUAUUUCUAAUUGAAACUUGUGAAUCCAAAUUGUGCAAUAUAUUAAGUAGUAGAAUUUGAGCAGGCUUUAAGAACCAGUUUAUUUGACUCUUGAUAGAUCUAACAAGGGGCAGCUGCCUACUCAUCGUCACAGAUUUUGCUGAAAUUCAUAUCACACGUAGGCUUAAAACAGUUGUAACAAGAUAAAAAUUAAUAUAUUUCCUAAACGCUUGGCCUUCUGUAGUUCCCACUUCAGGUAAUCUCACUUUUAUAGCCAAGUCAUGAUGAGCAGGCAGACUCCACUUGUAGACUUAUUGUUAUAUAAGUAACUUACGUGUGAUAGAAACUGUCUGCAAUGGGUGAAACAGGCUAUUAAUGUUACUUGUUAUUUUCUUUGCAUUCAGUUUUAUGUAAAAUUUUUAACAAAUCAUAAUAAUAAUAUAUAAGAAUAUAUUGUACUUAUAAAUGACAUUCUUUUUGAAUUGUAAUGAACUAUAUACAUGUAAAUAAAACUAGUGAAGUCUAUGUAUUUUUGUAUUAUAGAUAAUUUUUAUAAUUCACAAUACAUUAUUAUUUUAAACUAGGUUAAAUAAUAACAGUUUACUAAAAGAUGUCUAACUUUAAAUAAAUCAUAACAAUGUUAUAAGAAAUUUGUUUCAUUAAAGUGGCAAGUGAUAUGAUAAUUUUUGUUAAUGAGUUUCAUGAUUUUUUAUUAUGUACAUAUGGUUCUUGAUUUUAUGACUUUAAAAAUAUAAGAAGUAAUAUACUUGGCUAUGCUUAAAGUAAAAAUACUGACUAUAAUUUACACCACCUUUGUCAAAAUAUUUUUAUUACUGCUAAUCUUUAAAAAAUUGUCCACCAAGUAAAAUCAGUAUUGUACUACAAUUUUUUAAAUUUUCAGUAAUAUUGAAGAAAUUAUCCUUAACAUCUCAUUCGAGGUUUUUUUUUUUUAUUAUAAUGAAUAUCCAUAAUAAUUUUGUUGUUCAAUCAAAUUAGGUUUUGUUCUAUGUCCAGUUAGUGUUUUGAGAUGUUAAUGUAUCUUCCUUUAUCAUUUCUACUAAAAUAAUCAUAUCAAUAUAAA